AUGGUUGCUCACAAUCUGCAAUUCCAAGAAGAGACUAGAAACAAUCAUAAAAAUACCACCGCCUCUAUAAAAAAUCUUGAAGUUCAGUUGGGUCAUGUAGCACAACAAAUAUCAAGUUCUCAAACACCAGGUUCCUUACCAUGUGAAACAUUUCAAAAUCCAAGAAAUCAUGAGAAUGUUAAUGUUGUCACAAUGAGAAGUGAGAAGGCAACUAAAGAUGAAAAAGUUAUACCACCUGGAAAGCCAACUGAAGAGAAAAAUAAAAAGGAGACUAAGCCAGUGAUUAAGUUACCCUACCCUCAGAGAGUGACAAAGAAGGAUCCAAGAGAUACAGACUUUGAGAAAUUCAUGACAAUGUUCAAAACGAUAGAGAGUCAUAUGCCUUUGUUUGAAGCACUCGAGCGAAUGCCCAUGUUGAGUAUUGAGAACGUCAAUGAUACAAGGACAAAUCUGAAAUUUGCGGUUCACUCGAUAAAGAAUGCAUAUGGGAUAGUAGAAGACGUGUUGGUGACAAUAGGGGAAUUGAGUUUUCCUGUUGAUUUUGUGAUCAUAGACAUGCCUGAAGAUGAAGAGACACCUAUCAUUCUUGGUCAACCAUUCAUACGGACAAGUCGAUGCAAUCUCGACAUGGACCAGGGCACGUUAACUUUCAAUGUUCAUGAUGAUGAAAUAACAUUGAAUGCAAUUGAAAACAGGAAGCUAGAUUCUAAGAAGCAUGAUUCUACAAAGAAGGUGACUGACCUAGAAGAUGAGAGUUCAGAUGAUGAAGAUGAUAGCUUGCUUCAUCACUUGAAGCCUAGUAUGGCUAAGAGUAUGAAGACCAGAAAUGGUAGGUUUGUGGCUGAAGUGAUGACAGCCAAAACCGCUAAGAACGCUACUACUAUAGGCCCCUCAAAGUCUUGGAGCAAAGUUGAGGUAAGGAAGAGGAAAGUGAGAGAAAUUUCUGAGUCAGAUGAAGAUGUCGAAGAAGAUAUCCCUGACAUCUCCCCUGUCAAGAGGACAACUGUUAGGAAAUCCCCUGCAAAAGUUGCUGCUUGUUAUGAAGGACUGGUGAAAGAAUUUGUGGUCAACAUCCCUAAGGACAUUGCUGAAAAAAACAGCAAAGAGUUUUGUAAAGUGUUUGUAAUGUUGAAGGUGAUGUCAGAUGGGGAGGUGUAUGUUACAGAUGAUGUUGAAGGUGGUGUCUGUGUUGAGCGGACUGAAGGGGAAGAGAAGCACAAGCGCAUGUGUGUUUAA